CUGAAUUGGUAUCUUAAGUUUUGCAAUAGCUAGAAACUCCACGUUCCUCAAUUUCAUAUGUUCUAGUGCAGAAUAUCAUACCAAGGUUUUUAAUAGUUUGAGUUUUAUAUAAAUAUUGAUAAAAGACGAGUUAUCUUAUCGGGAUAAAUGCGAGUUUGUUAUAGGAUAGAGUGUGAUUAACGGAGGGGGUGUCACACUGCUCGAACCUAUCGAUCGUGGUGCUUGUCGUUAGGCCUUGGUCCGUGCACCGUCUAUUGAUUGUCCUGUACAUAGGCACUCAACUCCGUCCAUGUGCACGCAUCUGACUGUUGUUUCCCAUGCUGUCCACCACAUUUUCUUCAAAGCUACCGAGACUUCAACCCACGAUACCUACAUAAUGAAAAAAAAUUGAUUACUGAUGCCCCAAAUGCACCCAAGGUCUGCACAUCCCCCUGUCAUAUAGCACAAUCGUGGACCGUCACUCGAUCUUCAUCAAACGAUCAACAUUAGUACAUCACUGUACCAUGUGCUACCACAAGCCUAAUGUCAUAGUUCCAACACCAUUUAUGCCUGUGCUGUCCCUAGCAUCCACUGCCGAGUCUAGCGCACAAGCCUACUGUGUUAGACCUAUCGACGUUUUAAGAGGGUAGAGUAGCCCGGCCCAAUAGUCUGUGCUGAUGAUUCCCUCCCCUGCUCUCUGAUGGGUGACCUAACCAUGGAAGGAAGAGGAAAUUCCACACAGCAGAAAGUGAUAACAAGAAGGUACAGCAAUGCUUAAAAGCGGUAAAAGUUAGCACCACGCAAUUAGUUGAUGGAAUUAUCUGACAUUCAUCAGCACAAUGAAUCAAGCACGCUGAGCAGGAUUGGUGACAGAUCGUCUAGUGAUGUUGUCGUGAGAAUUAGAACACAGGAAGGCCGUGAUGACUGGAUUUACUGUCAUUCAGAUAUUCUUGUUAAGAAAAGCAAGUAUUUUGCUGAUCGGCUGUCUGAUAAUUGGCCAACAUGCCAGAUCCUUGACUCACGCAACUGUGUCGAGGUUUAUUGUGAAGAAUGUGACUUUGACCAUCACAUUACUGUUCUAAGACUCCUCUAUGCCACCUCAGAUGUGACUGUGACUGAGUUAUCUAGUGUAAAAAAUGCUCUUGGCACACUGCGAGUAGCUGUUGAGCUGGGAUGCCCACAAAUUGUUUCUACCUGUGUAGGCUAUUUGGAAGCAGUCCCUUGGGAAGAAUCUGAGGAAGAAGAAAUCUUAAAGACUAUACCAGGAAUGGGAUCACAAGCAGAACCAAUACUUGCUCGUCUACAGCCAGUCAAUGCUUUGGCUGUAGUUAGGAUUUUUUUGGCAGCCAUCCGAUUUGCCACAUCAUCUCCUCCAUCUUCGAUGAAUGAUCUGAAAACCUCGGCUCAGGAGCAACUUGAGUACAUGCUGACUGAGGAUGAUGAUGCUCCUCUGUUAACUGCUGAUGAUGAAAUCAAAUUAGAAGCAAGGCAAUGUGUGAACAGGUUAUUAGCGAGAUUUGUGAAUCUUGUGGACUCUUUGCUUGGUGAUCUCCACGAUUCGGUUGCUGAAGCAGAAAACGUUGAGUUAUUGCAGUCCCACUUAACUGAUUUAUCAUGGGCUUCUCAAAUAGUAACAAAGUUGGAAAUCUCGAAUGAUUUUGUUUACACCUGGGUCGAGACAUCAGUAAAUAUAGUGAAAGUGGCUGAGCGAGUAUCUCCAGAAAGCUCAUUAACCGGGACAAAGUUGAAAGUUCUUGAGGUCACUGCUAAAGUCUUAGAAGCUAUAGGUUAUGGAACGGUCAUUUUGCCGACCACUAGACGCCUUCACAUGGUUAAAGUCUGGCUUCCAUUUGUAAGGAUUGUUAAGUCUGCAGUUGAUUCUGUCGGUUCUGAUGAAGAGAAUGAUUUGAUGUUGAAAUCUGAUGGCGAGCUAUGGCAGACCUUGGAGUCAGCAUUUGUUUCAAUCAUCCUUACAUUGCCAUCUUCAGACCAAGCAGAAAUUUUGACUGAGUGGCUAGAAAAUAAGCAUAUUCGGUAUCCAGACCUGACAGAGGCUUUUGAAGUGUGGUGCUACAGGUCCAAAGUCGCCAAGCGAAGGCUGGCUUUGCUGGAUGGAAACAACCCGACCACUAACGGUGUCUGAUUUCUUCAUUGCCAUUUUUGUACCCAUCAACUAACAAUUAAAACGCGAGAUAAAAUUUAGACAAUGGCUUAAUCUGAAAUAUGUCUUACCGGUUUGAAAACCAUGUAGAUGUGUUGUAGUUUAUGUAAUUUUUCUGUUGUUGUCGCUUCAUCGCAUUAGUUCUGAGUAUUUAUAGAUUCUUUUGUGCUUUAUUUUACAGUUUGUACUUUGUUGAUGUAAUCUGAAUCAAUGAUCUUAAAUGAUU